AUGCUGUUGAAACUAGACGUUCCCGCCAUCAACCAACGGGCAUCGCACAAAGCUGCAAAGCUGCUGCAAACUUGCCUGGCCGUAGCUCAGACCAGCCGCAGCCCGGUGGAGCCGCUCAUUCGCUUCCUGCGUCACGUCGGCCUCCUGUGGCCUCUUCCGUCGCCCGUUGUCGUGCUCGACCUUGUGCUCGAAAUGUCCCUCUACUGGGGCAUUCCAGUAUGGAGCGCCUUUCGCGUGGACACUUUCAACCGAGACAUCCGUCACAGGCCACUCAUCGUCUUCGGCGAAGCGCGCGAGUUCGACGAGUGGCUCGACCGGAAGCGCGCCAUGCUCCAGACGGCGCAGUACGAACCAUACUUAUCUUCCUACUUGCGACUACUUGGUCUACCUGGCGACCGCAUGAACGACACGAUAGUAGCUAUCGCGUUCGCCGACGGCCUGGUCGAACAAAGCCUGGUUCCGCUUCUGGGCGGCGAAGAGGGCGACGACCUCAUAAUUAUGGCCAGCUUGAUCGGGGGCUCAAACUUGACGGACGCUUUGAACCGGGUAGCCUACUGGAUCAAAGAGAACUACACAGCAGACGACGUUCUCCGCGUGCAUAACAUUCAGCUCUUAUUGGCGAUCUUGCGGCUCACGGCGAUGACACCGGCGGGUGUGCUCUCAUUGAGUUUUGGAUGGAACGUGGCUCGACAGCUGGGCCAGUACGUGUCUCGCGAACUGGCCAUGGUGCAGUACUUCGCAUUCGAGGCGGCAGACAAGAGCCUGCAGCAGGACUGCUUAGAUUUCGUGUGGUCUUUCAUGACUAUCAGUGUAGGCACACCCUACGUGGUGCACACUGCUUCUACGGAACUCCGUCAAAGUGUUGCCGGCCUCAUCAGGCAGCUUCGAGACAGCCUCGAGAGCAUCAUCCGUGGCAGUGCUGUGCUGACGCGAGACCACCACGAGAAUGUGCUCUUCUGGCCCGAAGGCGUCCGGGGCGAACGUGACGUGAACAGGCUUUUUGGAGACGUGCCCGAUUUGCGGAUGCCUGCGUUUCUGGACAACUGGUUCCUGGCCCGUCGAGCGAUGCGGAACUUCACCUUGACCGCCGCGGCGGAGGUAUACCACUUCCCAUUGCUGAGCACCGCGCCGCUUUACGACGCCGGCAACAACGUGAUCGCGGUGCCAGUGGGCGCCGCCGCCUUCCCCAUGUACUCGCCGGCGCUCGUGCCGGCCACCAACUUCGGUGGCCUGGCGCGCACCCUGUCUGCCACGCUAGCCGGUGCCCUCUUCUGGGAGCGCCACCCGUGGGUGCGGGGCGCUGCGCUCUCGCUGUACCGGCGCCGGCUGGACUGCCUCGUGGCCAUGUACCACACGUACCAGGGACGCGCCCUCCUGAGAGCACAAGGGCGCUCCCACGCCAUCGAUGGCGUGGACGAGUUGGCAGUGUUCGCCGCCUCUUGGAGCCUGGCGCCGUUGCACCGUGCAUACCGCGCCGCCGCCGCGCACUCCCCACGCAACACCCUAGGUGGAGAGCGCAGGCUCGACUCGGAACAGCUGUUUUUUGCGAGUUUCUGCUACACGCAGUGCUCGCGCGAAGACUCGCUCGACAGUCGGCUCCAGUGCAACGUGCCUCUCCGAAACUUCCCGGCCUUCGCCAGCGCCUUCCGCUGCUCUAGGGACUCCUACAUGAAUCCGCACCACCGCUGCCUCAUGUGGUAG